AUGUCUACAACUCGUCCUACCACCUGGCUUGUUACCGGAGCAAACCGCGGCAUCGGCCUCGAGAUCGUGCGACAGCUCCUUGCGUCUCCGACCAAUCUCGUCGUCGCGGGCGUCCGUACCCCAAAAAAGGCGACCGCACUUCUUGACCUAAAGAGCACUGCGAAGGGGACGCUGAAUGUCAUCAAGCUCGACGUUGGCGACUUCGACAGCGUCCGCGCAUCCGCGAAGAAUAUUGAGGCGAUCCUCGGCGACACCGGUCUCGACUACCUCAUCAACAACGCUGGCGUCGCACCCCGCGACACCCCGUUCACCAUCGACCCCAAGGUCCUUCUCGAGACCUUCAAGACGAACAGCGUCGGCCCAGUCGUGGUUUCCCAGGUCGCACUGCCGUUCCUGGAGAAGGGUAACACGAAGAAGAUCCUACACAUCUCGAGCACGUGCGGAAGUGUCGGGAGCGCGGACCAGCUCGGCGUUAUGGUUGCAGGGUAUUCGAUGACGAAGUCCGCCCUGAACAUGCUCGCGUACAAGCAGAAGCUAGAGCGUCCUGAUAUCACCGUCAUUACUUUGUGCCCUGGGGCCGUCAAGACAGACAUGAGUGGCGGGGUUGGGGAUAUCGAACCACCUGAGAGCGCUGCUGGCCUUCUCAAGGUGAUUACAUCCGCGACCGCUGCCGACAGCGGCAAGUACUUGCGAUACAACGGCGAGACGAUCCCGUGGUAG